CGACUUCUCCACCCCUUUCCCUCCCCUCCCCCUUGCUGCAGUCACCAGCAGCACACCGAACACCCUGUCUUCUCCGUCGUCGUGUGUACAGGCUGCGGGCGUGGCACUCCCAACCGCCUAUGUGAAUUGUCUCGGUUCUACGUAAACCAACACGACCAGUAGCAACGCGUUACCCCAGUUCCUCUCAACCCAUUGUCCUAGCGACCCUCCUCUUCCCCCUCAAAGACAUGAGUGCAUUCGCCUCCUCCUCCUCCUCCAGUUCGAGCGACGGCUCUGCCUGGCACUCAGGUCCGCAGCCCUCAAGCUCGGCCUCACGCUUUCUAUACUCCAUGCGAAGGUCUCUGGGUCAUGUAUCACCCAAGAAGCGCCAUCAGAGCGAGGACCUGCGCUCGAUGUAUUCUACAUCGGCAGAACGGUCAUUUCAUCCACCACCACCGAGCUAUCGCUAUGGCGCUCAAAGUACCUCAGUAUCAAUACCCACUGUUGAGCAGAUUGCUAUGGGCCUCCACAUCUCUCGCACACCUCACUUGCGGCCAAGUGGUAGCCCACACCAGCGACACUCCGCACCAUCCAUACCUUCACGCCAUGCACACGCUCACGAGACCGCUUAUCGCCCACACCCUAUACCACUUCCACCCCCACCAUCGCGAUCCUCGCUUAAGAAGACGAGCACAAAUGGUGUUAUCUCCACACCCCCUAAGGCCGCGGCCAUGCUGGGUGCCUCACCGUCGACGUCGACUAUUGGCUCGACAGGACCAGCCACCCCGGUAUCAGCACGUUCCUCACGGCUAAAGAUGCGGAUGUCAAAAUUCAUUUUUGGCUACCGACAGUCCGGGUCGAGCACAAACGUUAGCUCGCUCGUUUCGUCGGGCAGCGAAGGCAUGUCGGCCGUUCCCCCACGCAAAGCUGUGAGGUUCUCCACUAGCGUCAUCACGCUAGGUGACGGCGUGGAACCUUGACGCCACGUCGCAUCGGUAUAUUAAUCUGGCUUGCUUCAUGCCAGACAGAUUCACCUACUUUUCUUCUGGGGACGCGAUAGCGUUGGCGUUGCAGGUUUCUUUGGUUUACACGGUGAGCGUGUUUGAAACGCUCUGUUUUUUUAGCAUACACAACCUUGUAGAAACAUUGUCACAUUUCUAAUAUCUGAACUCCCUCGGUGUAGCACUUGAUUUUUUAUUCCCUACAAUUACAUUCACGAACAAGAUUUGCAAUGUCAUAUCUUGUCGUUCAACCGCAUGCUUCCGC